CUCGCCGCAACGAUUUAGCGCCAUGCUUUUGGUAUCGCCUAAAACCGGAGCGUUGUACAUCUCCCCACUCAUCUCUGCCCCCACCACGUCCUCCGCACCUCUAUACCUAUCUACACUCAACGCUUUUAGCUCCCAAGCUUCACAAAAAUAAAUCUUGAAAAUUUAUGGAAAAAAGUGUUUAUAUAAAAGUGAUGUGCUAAAAUAUUAUUAAAUAUGUAGACAUAUUAAUAUGUAAAUACAUAAUUUUGAGGUAAAAUGUCGAAGUACUGUGUGAUAUGCAAAAAGCAGUAUGUUUUCGGAGACCGUUCAUGCAGCUUUCAUUGCUUUCCAAAAAAUUCUGGUCAAAGAGAGAAAUGGAUGUCUGUAAUAGGAAUUUCAAAUGUUCCUCAAAAUGGUCGAGUUUGUAGUGAACAUUUUGAUAGUGCUUCUUACCAUCCAAAUAAUAACUAUUCAAGUGAUAUUAAAAGGCUGCUGUCUACAGCUGUCCCUAAUCUAUGUAUACGUUUACAAAAAAAAGUUUUUGGUUACAUUACAAAUCUUCAGACUAAAGUUGGACAUCAUUUAAAGCAUGAUUCUUCUUUUGCAAGCAGUGCUUUAAAAAGAAAAUUCAUAAGUGAUUGUUUAGAAAACCAUCCAAUAAAAAAAUUGUGUUUAAUCAUUAAUGAAACUAACGAGGCAACUGUAAAUAAAAAUGUAGCUGAUGAAAGGGAUCGUGACCGCUCCUUAAUUAAUUUAAAAAGAAAGUGCUUGGAUAACAAUUUAUCAGAAGUCCAUCCAACUAAAAAAGCUUGUUUGAUAAAUACUGAAAACUACGAACCAUUCCAAAAUUACAGUGUUGUGAUUGAGAAAAAUCAUGAUGUGCUAUCAUCGAGAAAAAUACUCGAAACAGAUCAUGACUACUGUACAAAAAGUAACAGUUCAGUUUCUAAUAAUGUGGACACAAGUUCAAAAGAAAAAUUUGUCUGGAAAGAUGGACAAGAAAAUAAAAUGUUUACAAGGCAAAAUUUUACAUCCGACGAAGCUUGGAAUAAUUUUUUAAGAUUUACAAUAAAGAAUAGGAAAGAACAUGCAUCUUUGCGAAAAAAAUGUAAAAGAAGAGAAAACAGGAUUAACAGCUUGAAAGAUGUUAUAAAAGCUUUAAAAGAAAAGGAAGAGCAAGAUGCAGCUGCAUAUUUAGAGGUUCUUGCUCAUUUUGUUUAUUGUUAAUUUUUUAAAAUCAUAAUUUAUCUUGAUUAUUUUAUCAAUCUCAACUUAUGAUAUAUUUCAAUAGUUAUUAAUUCACCAUUACAUAAGAUAAUGGUGUUAAUCAAUUUUAUUUUCAAUUAAGUAAUUAUGUACGUCGAUUACUUUUUACUACAUAUUACAUGUAAUAGAAUAAUUUUUAAUUUAAUUAACUUUCUGAUAUAUCGACACAAAAUAAUAUUUCGUAAAAGACGUAUAAGUUCAUUUAUAAAUAGCUUACAACUUUUGAUAUUGAGUGAAAUUUUUUAACUCAAUUUCGAUGUAAGAUAGUCGAAAAUGUAAGUAGAAAGUGUAAGUAGAAAUUAUUUCUCGCAUGAAAAAUAAGAAAGCCACGAGUCCUUUUCCCGAGAAAUUAAAAUCUUUUGCAAGAGGACUACGUUAUCAUUCUGCUGCUGCUUACGAAAUGGUAAGAUCAACUUUCCUCAACUGCUUGCCAACUGCAGAGUCGCUAAAUCGAUGGGAAACUCCGAAAAAUUAUAACCCAGGAAUAAAUGAAGAAAUCAUUGAAAACAUAUUUGCAUUUGUUAAUAGUGAAGAAAAAAAAGGUAAAAACUUUAAAUUUAAUUUGACAUUUGAUGAAAUGGGUAUCAAGCGGUGGGCUUACUAUUAUAAAGCAUCGAAAGAAUGGAAAGGACUAGUGGAUUUGGGAGGGCAAUUGGAUAACAAAAAAGUAGUAGAUAAGGACGGAAAUCCUAUUAAAGCUAGCAAAGCUUUAGUUUUUAUGCUUGUCAGUAUAAAUGGUAAUAUUAAAGCUCCCGUUGCGUAUUAUUUAAGCAAUUCUUUAAGUGGUGAAGAAAAAAGUAUACUUUUAAAAGAAUUAUUGAUUAAGUUGAACAAAAAAAAAUCGAUGUAUCAAGUGUUACAUUUGACGGUGACGAGACUAAUCAAAAAGCGUGUAAAAUUCUAGGGUCCAAAUUUAAUUACAGUGAUAAAAAAAAUUUUCAACCUUGGUUUCCUCAUCCAUCAACAUCCACGCCUGUAUAUGCUUUUUUUGAUUCAUGUCACAUGCUUAAAUUAGUAAGACACUACUUUGCAUUAAAAGGCCCACUUUACAGAAAUUCGAAUUCUAUAGAAUGGAAGUAUAUGGUUAAAUUAAAUGAAAGGCAAUACAAAGAAGGCCUGCAUUGUGCUUGUAACAUAAAAAAUCGGUAUAUUUAUUUUCAAAAUGAGAAAAUGAAAGUUUUUCUUGCUCAACAAGUAUUAAGUUCUAGUACAUCGAAAGCUUUAAAUUAUUUAGAAAAAGAGGUAAAAGAUGUAGACUUUGAAGAGGCUGCUGAAACUGCAGAUUUUUGUUUGAAAUUUAAUGAUAUUAGUGAUUUAUUAAAUGUAAAAAAUAAAUUUUGUAAAACACCGGGAAGAUGUGCAGUUACAGAAAAAACGUUGGGAGAUUUAAAAAAAAAAGUUGAUGAACAUGUUGCUUACAUCGAAAGUUUGGGAAUUAAUGUUGAAGUUAAGGAUAAAAAAGAAAAUAAUAAGAAUAAACUUUCGGUGAAGAACGUAAAUAAAAGCGACUGUACAGUUUUGUAAAAUAAAAAAAUUUCUGAUCCGAUUGAGAUAAA